AUGGCCGACAAACGGCUCAACGACCUCCUCCGGUGGUCCGUCGAAAACAGCGACGUCCCGCACAACGACCCCUCCCUCGCAGCCCCGUCGCAGCCCAGCUCUUCGCAUCUCACCCCCGAGCUCAUGGCCGCUCUCAUGGGCGGCCCCUCGGAUGCCGACCUCAUGAAAGCAUCCAUGGAAAUCAUCACGUCCCCCGACUCGGAAGUCACGCUGGAGAACAAGCUCAUCGCCUUUGACAACCUUGAGCAGCUCAUCGAGUCCCUCGACAAUGCGAACAACAUUGGGAACCUGGGGCUGUGGACGCCCCUCUUGGAGCAGCUAACGCACCAGGAGGCCGAGGUGCGUAAAAUGGCAGCCUGGUGUAUCGGUACCGCGGUGCAGAACAAUCAACAGACGCAGGAGAGACUGUACGCCAUGGGGGGCGUGCCUGCUCUUGUGGGUAUGGCUACGCGGCAGGAGGAGAAGGAGGACGUGAGGAAAAAGGCCAUUUAUGCGCUUAGCUCGGCCUGUAGGAACUACCAGCCUGCGAUGGAUGUGUGCGUCGAGGAGUUGAGCAAGAAUGGCCAUGACGCCGACAAGGUGGAUGCCAGGGAUAUGGAGGCUGUCGACGUCAUCAUAAAUGUGUUGAGGGACAAGGUCAAGAAUAGCGGUUGA